AUGGAGGAUCCCGUCAAUCAAGCGGGCAAGAAGAAGCCCGCUUUCGCCUUUUGGGAGCGACAACGCAAGGACAGCACCUCUUCACUCGCCAAUACAGCACCACCACCAUCCGCCCUAUCCACCACGUCACUUUCCACAGCGCGUCGCAGCGAUGGUCUCGAGCGGGCAAUGUCUACGUCACCGUCACCGUCGCCGUCGCCAUCGCCAUCGCCGCAGCGUCCAACAGCUCUUCAGCAGCAGCAGCAGCAGCAGGCUGAUACGACUCCUAGAUCUGGUCUCAGCGGCGUGCAGCGUCUGAUUCAGCAAUACUCGCAGUCUGGAUCUGGUGUCCCUUCUUCCUCCAACUCAUCCUCUUCGCUCAAUCGUUCGCUGUCUGGCCGACGCACCAAUGUUACAUUUCCGCAACCGAAUCGGAGCCUAUCAUCUUCAUCCGCCACUCGCGCAUCUGAGCUAGCAGAAGUGCCGAGCAGUGCCAACGCGACAGCCGACAGCUUGGCAACUCAGCAACCACAAGCGCACCUGCAAUCACCAUCGGCGCGUCCGCUCAUCGCAUCCAGUCUCGCACGACAGGCUUCUAGCAGCUCGAGCAGCGCCAACAGCGCACCACGAUCCGCGCACUCGUCCGCAACCAUCACGUCUCACCAGUCCAUUGACGCUACUGCCAGCAACGCCGAGCCAUCUUCAGCAAGCCCAUCUGCAGACGCGUCCACAUCCCAGCUCCAAGAUGCACGACAAGCUGAUCCCAACUUCAAGGAAGUAGAUGCCGAAAAGGCACGCAGACGUCGACGCUUAGUACAAGAGCAACUGCGCAAGCGCAACAGCAAACGACGCAGUGCGGGCGCCAUCGACAUGACCGAGUCGCCCGUGCUCUCAGCCGAUGAAGAAGGCGACGACGACGGUAACGACCUCAAUGGAGCGGAAGAGACAGAGCCUAUCGCCGCUGCAGACACAGACAAGUCUUCGGCCUUGCCGAACCAAGUACGCGGCCGGGCAACGCACACACGAAUCUCUUCGGCCUCCUCGCGACGCCCAAUUCAUAUCUCCGAGACGGAUGUAAGCAGCACGCUCGCCACCCGCAGUACCGACAACCAGCAGGAGGCCUUCCACGAUGCGCAGUCGGAUCCCAUGACACCUUCCAAGCCUGUCGCCAGUGUCAAGGCAAAUGCGAGCUUAAAUGCACGCCGUGAUCAGCAAGCUCGGCCUCCUUCUUUCGAGGACACACGUCCUUGGCUCGAGUUCAGCCCACUCUUGCCAGAUAGCGAGCUGCUUGACAGCCCAGACAGACCGCCAGUACCCAGCUUUGCGCUUCGUCAGCACCAAUGCGCCGCGUCUGACAUGAGUGCUUCGCCCAGCCAGAGCAGUGUUGCCACAGACCCCAACGUUGCUAGCAGUAUGCGUCCUUCGCCUUCUUGUUCCAACUCAGCUUCGCUCGUCUCUAGCGAUUCUCCCAAAUCACCUAUCGGUCUUGGCUUUUCCACAUCAUCAGGGUACCCACCUGCAGCCUCGUAUCUCUCGAUUCAUUCGCCCACCCAGGCCUCACAUACCCGUGCUCAUCGCACCACAAAGCUCCCACCGCCGCGUCCUUCGCCCCAAGCUCCGCUACCACCACCUCCCUCGAUCGCUUCGUCUGCCGCCUCCUCCUGCGCUUCCUCACGCGGUGCAGUUGCUGCCCCCUUCAGUAUUUCUGCUGGCUCUACACGCGCACCGCCCAGCACUUCGAUGCGCACCGGCACAGCGCCCAAUUCCCUGCAGGACCAAGUGGAUGGGGUUAGUGGUUCAACCUUGCGCUCAAGGAGCUACAGCCUCGAACAAGAGGUCGCCUCCGCGGACCAGCAGACUCGGCAAAUGUCCCUACAUAUGCCAGCCACCUCGAGCAGUGCGCAACCGCCGAUCCGGACAGGUCCAGCAAACAGCCUUCAGCCAGCAGCAGCAGCAGCAGUAGCAGCAGCGCCGUCGUCCUUGGCAGUACCCAUGAUUCGACAACGCAGCGAAUCCCUCCAGCGCAGAGACAGAGAAGCUCCUGAGGCUGUUGGUUCAGCAACCAGAUCUUCGAAAAUCUCGCCACCAAGCAGUGAAUCUCCCAUUACUGGUAGUGCUGGCGCUGCUGCCGCUUCGAGUUCAUCGCGUAGCAACUCGCGGACGGGCACCAUGAUGGGAAGACCACGAGGCUUCACCGUCGGCGCUGUACCCGGUCCCUCGCAGCCUGCACGUGGCAGCGCUCCCGUUCCGACUUCUGCCAAGUCCAGGCCGAGGUCGCUCUUGUCCAACGAGAUUUUCCCGCUCGAUCUUGCCGAGCCACGCUACAAAUCCAGAACCGCAAGGCAAGACAGCGACAAUGCGCGCGACACUUACAGCAUGGAAUUUGACCGUCGAGUGCCAUCUUCCUCCAACACCGAAGGCCCUAAUCGGGGCAUCUCAUUCACCGAAGAGCGAAAUUGUCUCAACAGCAGCAGCAACAGCAGCAGCGGCGGCGGCGGCGGCGGCGUGACCACCGAAACCAGCGACCGUCGCCCAAGCGUUGGCGGUCGCAGCCGCAGCGGAAGCCUCUUGCAACAAGUCAACUCGCAGCCCAAGUCACACGCCAGCUUCGUCAUCGCCGUGGUCGGCCACGCUCAUUCGGGCAAAUCCACCGUCAUCAAAAAAGGCCUGCGUCAAUUCGGUCUCUCGAAACCCCAUGUGCUUUCCGAGAAGGUCACUUCCCACUCCACCGUCUGUGUGGUCGACCAAGAGCAAAGAACCAUCGAGGUGCUCGAAGUGGAUGCCUCGGUUCUGCUCAAUGGUCCCAGCAAGCGCUUUGCCUGGCCCAAGUUUCUCCCGCACAUCGAUGCCGUCAUCCUCUGCUACGAUGCCUCCGAGAUCGCCUCGUUUCGUGGCAUGUCGGAACUACUCGAAAACUUCUCCGUCGCCAACCUCAGCACGGUCAUGCUAGCAUGCAAGUCAGAAGUCCACCCCAAAGCUGUUGACCCUUACUAUGCAAGCGACAUGGCGUGCAUCUACAACGUCGGCCUCGCCGAGUGCACCGUCCAGAGCGAAGAGGGCAAGAAGCGCAUGCGCGACUGCUUUUCCUACUUGGUCAAAGAGGUGGCCAAGGUGCGAUCGGGACGUGCACGCCGUGGUCCUGCUAGCACCGUGCCUCCAGCGUUUGCCGCGAUGGCUUCGCCGAGAUCUCUGUCGCCCGGUGCUCCCAAUGCUGGCGCGCCAGUGCCGCAGAGUCGAACUGCUUCCAGCACGUCGCAGACAAGCUCGCAAAGCAACCCCCCUCGCUUGCUGCCAGAAGCGACUUCGACUAGCGGCGAUGCAGUCUCGACUCACCUUGGCGACCAGCUCCCUUCGCCUGCGGCACCCAUCGACCUACUUCGUGCGAGGGGCUAUAGCAACGCUAGCUCGAGCGGCGGUCGUGCCGUAUCUGCGGGAGGCCACGCAUCAUCGACAGACGCGGUUGACAACGCCGCUCAUGCCACCGUGAAUUUAGGCAUGAAAACAGAUGCGUUCGCAGAUGGUGCCGCGCAAGCACGCCCCGGAGGAGCUGUUUUCACGCCGCGCAAGAUGAGCACAGCCACUGUCGCAUCUGGCCAUUCAGAUGCCCCAACGUUUCAGUCGGACGAAGAUGGCGUGCUACACGACAGUCUUCAUCGCGCGCAAAUGGGUAUGCAGAACGCGCGUGCCACCGGGGGCUACGUCUCGAUCGACGAGCUGUGGGACAAGCUCUUCCACGCUGCCAUUUCCAGGACAGACGAACGCUUUGUCACCAUGUUCAUGGUGUUUUUCCGUGGUUUCGCUACGCCCAUGGAGCUGCUCAGGCAGAUGAUAGCGCGCUUCGAGAUGCUUACCGCCGAGGACGUGGCCGAUGGUCUUGUGCAUCGGUUUGCCUUGAUCAGGCUAACCAACAUGCUCGGAGAUUGGGUGCUCGACUAUCCCGGAGAUCUCAGCCAUCCCGAAUCGCAUGCUCUCCUCGUGCGCUACCACCGCCAGUUGUUGCGUCACCCGGACACGGUGCACACAGCGUCGCAGAUCCAUGCGGCUGUGGAUGCGGCGGCUUACGCACCGGAUCUAGAUGCACUCUGGAGCAAAUCGGUCAACAGCGACCAGACGCGACACAAAGGGAUCGCUGCAGCCAUGGCAGCCGUUACCAGUGCCCAGCAGAACGGAGCAGAGGCCGAAGCUGCGGAUAGCGCCGGCUUGCUACCAGCCAGCCAUUCGAGCGGGAGCGCUUCCGGAUUUAUGCCUUCUUCGGGCAACACGAGCCACGAUUUUGACGGCGCGGGCCCGGGCCACAGCGGAGAUGGCUUGGAGGAGCACGAGCGAAACGGCUCCGAGAGCAGCCUGCCCUUGCGGCCUCACGACGUGGGCGACAGUGGACGCUCGCGCAGUGCUUCCGACCUUACCAGCUCGUCGGUCGAAGCAGCUGAUGCAUUUUACAGGGAUGGUAAGCAGAGCAUGACGUUGGCACCACCGAGCGUCGCCAGUGGCAGUGCCUCGGGUACAGGCACACCCGCGAAUGGGACCAUUGGCAGCAGUUCUGUGACUUCUUCGACGGCCAACCUCGUCGCGGGCAGCGGUGGCAUUGGCCACGAAACGGUGUCUAGCAGCAACUUGCGCACGCUGGACCAGAAAGCGGCGUUGCGCAGCAUCUCGAACGUGCUCAUGGAAGUGGACGACGAAGUGAUUGCAACCGAGCUGACGCGGCUCGAGUGGAACUUUUUCACCGCCAUCCAGCCGCGAGAUCUGCUGCGACACAUCCUCGUCCCGCACGAUAAGCGCGAUGGACCCGUUUCGCGCUCCAUCUCGCACUUCAACUACAUCAGCAACUGGGUCUGUUCGAUGAUCUUGGCGCAGAGCAAAACAAAGCAUCGUGCACGCAUGUUGGAGAAGUUCUUCAACAUUGCCUCGAUCUUGAGGCACGACAACAAUUAUGGCUCGCUCAACUCGGUGCUGGGCGGGCUGAGCAAGACGGCGGUGCACCGGCUGCGCCAGACGCGCGAGUUGCUCAAGGGCAAAGCGGUGAACAAGGCGUACCAGAGCCUGGUGCGGUUGAUGUCGAACGAGCGAUCGAGUGCAGCGUACAGGUUGGCGCUCGAAAACUCGGACGGACCGACGAUCCCGUACGUCGGCGUGCAUCUGCAGGACAUCAUCUCGAUCAGCGACGGCAAUCCCUCGAUGCGGGCCAGCGACGGCUGGAUCCACUGGCGCAAGUUUUCGUUGAUGGACGAAGCGGUCAUGGCGGUAGCCAGGUGUCAGCAGUACGAUCGUUACAUCAAGCCGAACGCGGCGGUGGAGCGGCUGAUUGUUGACGUGCCGAUAUUAGAUGAUGAGGCGUUGUACGAGAGGAGUUUGCUAGUGGAACCGAGGACGAACAGCGGGGCAACGGGCGGGGCCGGCAGCAAGAUCAAAGAUCUGAAGACGUUUUUGAGCAAUCAGGCUGCAGGAGGUGGAAGCAGUGGCGGUGGUGGCAGUGGCGGUGGCCAUGCCUAG